AGUUCAAAGCCCAGCUCGGUUGUCAGUUUGGAGAUUUAGUAAAGUGCAACAGGUUGGAUAUGUGAAAGUGACGAAAGAUACAAGAUUUUACAGGACUUUCUGUGAAAUAUUUAUUGUGGAUUUACCCAUCAAGUUCCAAGGAAGACUUACAAUAUAGGGGCUGCCAUAACUUCCAUCAGCAGCCAUGGGUUGUGCAAUGAGCAAUCCUGCUGACAAGGAAGCAGCAGAGAGAAGCAAGAAAAUAGACAAAGAUUUACGACUGGCUGGUGAACGUGCAGCAAAAGAGGUUAAACUUCUACUUUUAGGUGCUGGUGAAUCUGGCAAAAGUACAAUAGUGAAGCAAAUGAAAAUUAUCCAUGAGACCGGGUACUCACCAGAAGAAUGUGAACAGUACAGACCAGUGGUGUAUUCAAACACUAUCCAGUCACUCAUGGCUAUCAUCAGAGCCAUGGGACAGCUAAAGAUAGACUUUGCCGACUCCAGUAGAGCAGAUGACGCUCGUCACUUCUUCACGCUGGCAAGUGCAGCUGACGAAGGUGAAUUGACACCUGAGCUUGCAUAUAUAAUGAAGCGCUUAUGGAAUGAAAGUGGAGUGCAACACUGCUUUAG